AUGGUGGACCACAGCAUAAUGAAGCUGGAGAAUAAGGAGAAAAUGAGAAACCCACAGAUUUUUUUAAUGAAAGGGAAGACAACCCAAGGUUCUGUCAAAAUGGGUGUGUUUGAAGUGCUCAUUGCCUUCCUGAUCACAGCAAAUCUGUGCUUCACUGAGUCUCAGCAGAUUGUCUGCAAGGAGUCCUCUGUAGCAGAUAUUGUGUUCCUAGUGGAUGGAUCAUGGAGUAUAGGAUCCCAAAACUUCAGAAGGGUUCGAGAGUUUCUCUAUACUCUAGUAAAUGCAUUUGAUAUCGGAGAAGAUAAAGUCCGAGUAGGCCUGGUCCAGUACAGCAGCACCCCUCGGACUGAAUUCCUGCUCAACAGCUACAGCAGCAAAACUGAGAUUCUACAGUACCUGCAGCAGCUGCCGUACAAAGGAGGAGGCACGAGAACUGGCUUGGGUCUCAAUUUCAUAUUGAACAACCACUUUACAGAGUCUGCAGGAAGCAGAGCUGCGCGUGGAAUACCACAGGUGGCCAUUGUCCUAACAGAUGGGAAAUCUCAGGACAGGGUUGGACUACCAGCUCAAGCAUUGAAAAACAAAGGAAUUAUUGUUAUUGCCAUUGGCAUCAGAGAUGCUGUUGAAAAAGAACUAUAUGAUAUAGCGAGCGACCCACCUGAAACGUAUGUGUACAACAUGCCGGACUUUGCUGCAUUGAGAGGAAUAUCUCAGGUGAUAAUACAGCUACUUUGUAGCACAGUGGAGGAAGGCGCAAGCCAAGUAACACAGGUGUUACAGGAGUUUGAGAUGUCACCAGCGUGUAGGAGAGCCACAGUUGCCGACAUUGUUUUCAUGGUGGAUGGUUCAACAAGCAUAAACGAUGAGAACUUUGAAGACGUCAAGGCAUUUCUAAGCACCUUUGUCAGUGGUCUUGAUAUUGGUCGUGACAAAAUAAGAAUUGGGCUGGUUCAGUACAGCGAUAAUCCAAAUACAGAGUUUCUCCUGAAGAGAUUUUCAUCAAAGCAAGACAUCUUGAAUUAUCUGCAAAGACUGACACAGAAAAGAGGUGGAACCAACACAAGAACGGCCCUGGAAUUUCUCCAAACCCAACAUUUUAUCCCAUCAGCAGGGAGUCGAAAGACAGAAAAUGUCCAGCAGUUCGCUGUGUUGAUCACGGAUGGAGGAUCCACUACUGAAGUUGUGCACGCAGCUCGCCAGCUCAAACAGGGCAGUGUCACAACUUACGUUGUUGGAAUUAAUGUUCAAGACCAAAAGGAACUUCAAGACAUUUCCAGCAAACCUACCGAGAAAUACAUCUAUGAUGUUCCGAGUUUUAAUAUGCUGAAAGCCCUUGCAGCUAAUGUUCUAGAGUCAGUGUGCAUGACUAUUGAAGCCCAUAAUCAAGCCUUUGCUGUACGCUACGCUGAUGUUGUUUUUCUUGUCGAUGGAUCUCAGAACAUGGGAGCAUCAGGAUUUCAACAGAUACGAAACUUUAUUUUCAGAAUCGUUUCUCAGCUGGAUGUUAGCGUGGACAAAUUCCGUAUUGGGCUUGGUCAGUUUGGUGCUAAAGCACGAACUGAAUUCCUACUGAACACAUAUCAAAACAUACCAGAGAUGAUAAACUACAUAAGGAGCGGUCGCAGUUUUGCAUUUAGAGGAGGACAGGCAUUAAGAACAGGGAGUGCAAUUGAUUACCUCCUCAGGAUCUUUUUCACAGAGUCUGCUGGAAGCCGGAAGAAAGAAGGUGUUCCACAGAUUGCUAUAAUAAUCACCUCUGCAUCAUCACAGGAUGAUGUUAUAGUGCCUGCCAGAGCUUUAAGAAACCAUGGUGUGAAAGUCAUCUCCAUCGGUGUCAGGAAUUCAGAAUUAACUGAGAUGAAAAAGAUAGCUUUCCUUCCAAAUUUUCCAUUUGUUUUCCAGAUCAGUGCUUUUAGUGCUCUUGUUCAACUAUCUGACCGUAUAUCCACUGCAAUGAAAACGAUAGUGAGAAACGAGUUUCUGCACAGAGAGCUCAAAGCCCCAGAAGUGUGCCAGUCUGCUUCAGUUGCUGAUAUUGUUUUCCUGGUGGAUGAAUCGGGCAGCAUUGGGACAGUAAACUUUCAGCUGAUCCGAUCUUUUCUGUAUAAUUUUAUCGACAUCUUGGAGGUGAGCCCUGAUUACGUGCACAUCGGCUUGGCACAGUACAGCAAUAGCCCGGUGGCUGAAUUUUAUCUAAACCGUUAUCAAAACAAGAGCGACGUCCUGGACCACAUCCAAUCAAUGACGUACAGGGGAGGAGGCAGAAACACUGAGACUGCUCUCAAUUUUGUGCGACAAACUUACUUUACAGACCGUUCUGGCAGUCGGGCAAGAAUUGGGAUCCCCCAGUUACUGAUUGUGAUCACUAGUGGAGAAUCCGAGGAUAAAAUGGGUAAAGCAGCCGCCACUCUCCGACGGUCAGGUGUCAUCAUGUUUGCUUUAGGGAUCCAGAAUGCUAAUGAGACUGAACUUCGACACAUUGCCUCGUAUCCAUCGAGAAGUUACAUUUCCAAAAUAGAUGAUUACAUACAGCUCUCAGCCAUUGAGAGAAACUUCCAGAAGAAGGUUUGCAGUGAGAUUGUUAAUGUUGGUUUCAAUAAUUUAAACUGUGUUACUCAUCUUUUUUCAGGGUGUAUUGAGACUGAAGAAGCUGAUAUCUUUUUCCUGAUUGAUGGAUCAGGCAGUAUACAACCUGACAACUUCCAAGACAUGAAAAUGUUCAUGAAAGAAGUAGCGAAGACCUUCCGUAUUGGAGCAAACAAGGUUCGCAUUGGCGUUGUCCAAUUUGGAUCAGCUCCACAAACAGAAUUUGACAUGACUCAGUAUUCCACCAACACAGAAUUGGAGAUGGCAAUGAAUCAAAUUGUUCAGAUUGGAGGAGGCACUGAGACGGGCCGUGCACUCACUUACAUGAAGACUCUUUUCAGUGAAGCGGCAAAAACUCGUAGCUAUGGAGUGCGGCGUUUUCUAAUUAUCAUCACAGAUGGUCAAUCAGAGGAUAGUGUGGAAAUUCCUGCUGAGGAACUAAGACAAGAGGGAAUAGUCAAUUAUGCUAUAGGUGCGGGCGAAGCAGAUCCAGCUGAACUUCUGCUGAUUGGAGGAUUUCAAGAAAAAGUAUUUUAUGUCACCAGCUUGGAUUUUUUAAUAGAUUUGAAGAACAGCAUUGUGCGGGAAAUCUGUUCAGUAGAAGCUUGCAGUAAAUUGGACACAGUUGACAUCAUCUUCUUAAUAGAUGGUUCAGGAAGCAUAAACGUUGAGGAUUUUGCAAAAAUGAAAAUGUUCAUGAAUUCUAUUGUAAACAAAACUAGUAUCGGAGCGGAUAAGGUUCAAGUCGGUGCAAUACAGUUUGGUUCAUAUCCACGGCCAGAAUUCCAACUUAAUACUCAUUCUACAAAACCUGACUUACAGCAGGCAAUAUAUAACAUUCAGCAGUUGGGAGGGGGAACUCAAACAGGUCGUGCACUGACAUUUACUGCAGAUUACUUUGAUGGAGCAAGAGGAGGUCGACCUAAUAUUGCACAGUACCUCAUAGUGAUUACAGAUGGAGAGGCACAGGAUGAGGUCCUUGCACCUGCUAAAGCUUUAAGAGAUAAAGGAAUCACUGUUUUUGCCAUUGGUGUCUUCAACGCUAACAAUACUCAGCUUCUGGAGAUUGGAGGAUCCCCAGAUAAAGUCCAUUAUGUUGAAAACUUUGAUGACUUGGAUGAUCCAGAGAAACAAAUCUUCUGGGAGAUCUGCAGUGUACCGAAUGAUUGUGCAAGAACAGAUGUGGGAGAUAUUGUCUUUGUAAUAGAUGGAUCAGGCAGCAUACAACAACGUGACUUUGAGAGCAUGAAAAGGUUCAUGGUAGCAUUGGUGAACAACUCAGAUGUUGCCCCUGACAAGGUUCGGUUUGGGGCUGUAGUGUAUGGUACCACACCUGUAGUCCAAUUCCAGCUGAACCAGUACAAGACCAAAAGUGAUGUCCGAGAAGCCAUUUAUGGGAUGCAAAGGGAAGGGGGAUCGACAUUCACAGCACUUGCCCUUAAGGAGGCAAAGGGGCUCUUAACUACCGAGGAAGGUGGUCGGAGAUCAGACAGGGUUGCACAGUUCCUCAUAGUUAUUACUGAUGGUAAAGCCACAGAUUCGGUUAAUGUACCAGACACAUCUAAAGAUAUUAGAGAUGAAGGCAUCAACAUCUUUGCUGUGGGAGUAGCUGAAGCCAACGAAGAAGAGCUCCAGACAAUUGUUGGUCCAACAGGAAACUACUUUUAUGUUCAGAACUUUGAAACGUUGAAAAGCAUAACUGGAGAUAUUUCAAAGGUGAUUUGCGCCAACACCAACCCAGAGUGUAAACUUCAGCAAGCAGAUAUUGUUUUCCUCGUUGAUGGAUCCGAAAGCAUUGAGGCAGAAGACUUCAGGCAGAUGAAGGCUUUCAUGAAAAAAAUUGUGAACGCUUUUGAGAUUGCCCCGAACAAGGUCCAGAUCGGACUGGCUCAAUUUAGCACGCUUUUCCGUAAAGAAUUCUUCCUGAAGGAUUUUUCAGAAAGAACUUCAUUAAUUGCCGAAAUCGAGGGAAUCGUCCAAAUGAAUCAGGGAUCUAACAUUGGAUUUGCGUUAACAAAUGUGAACAGUCUCUUCACGAGAGAAGCUGGUAGCCGGAAGGCUGAUGGAGUGCCCCAAUUCCUAUUGCUAAUAACAGAUGGCCGAUCCAAUGAUGAGGUGGUUGCACCCGCUAAUGCUCUGAGAGAUGAGAACAUAAAUAUUUUCGCACUGGGCAUAGGAAAGGCAGAUAUAAAUCAGCUGUUACAAAUCACAGCCUCGCAGGAUACAAAAUAUUUUGUUGAAACUAGUAAAAAUAUAGAAAAGAUUACGCCGAGAAUUGUCAGGAAAAUCUGCAAGGACAUGCCAAGUAAAGAUUGCACAGUAGAUGUUGCUGUGGGAUUUGACGUUCCCAGGCAGAAACGGUUUUCCAAUAUCUUUAGCGGAGCACAGAGACUCCAGACACAUCUGAAUGAUAUCUUACAGAGAAUGGUGAGCUUACAGAAUGUCAGCUGCAGCUCGUAUCUGAACAUCAGAGUGGGAUUUCACAUAAAGAACGAAGCUGGAGGGACAGUCUUCGAAUCAGCCUUUGAAAAAUACAAUGAAGAUAUCGUGAAGAAAUUGAAAGAAAUUCAGUUGUCAAGAACGGAUCAAAUUGAUUUGACUGCCACCUAUUUACAAUCAUUUUCAAGCAAAUUUGAGCGGGAAUCAGGAACAAAUGUAAAGGUGAUUGUGAUUUUUACAGAUGGAGCAGAUGACAGCAUGGACAGACUCAAGGAAACAUCAGACAGACUCAAGCUUGAUGGUGUGAAUAUGCUAAUCACUGUUGCUCUGGAAAAUACACCAAGCCUUGAUGACAUUCUAAACAUAGAGUUUGGACGAGGAUUUGGAUAUAGACGGCGAUUGACAAUUGGGAUGCGUGAUAUAGGAAGUGCUUUGCUCACAGAAAUUGACACAGUUGCAGAAAGAAAAUGUUGCAAUGUGUUUUGCAAGUGUAUAGGACAACCAGGUGCACGUGGUCUUCAGGGAGGUCAAGGAUUUAAGGGAAUUGAAGGUCCAAAGGGAGUUCCUGGUUAUCCAGUGGAAGAAGGAGACACCGGUGACAGAGGUUUUCCAGGUAUUAAUGGAACUGAAGGAACUGAAGGAUGUCAAGGUCCUAGAGGCCCUAAGGGAGCAAGAGGGUAUCAAGGAGAAAAGGGUGAAGAAGGGGUAAACGAAUUUAAUGGAAUCACAGGGGAGCAGGUAAUAUUUUCUUUGUUAUUCCGAUUGUAUGAGGGGAAUCCUGGACUUCCUGGUGCCCGAGGGGUUAAAGGAGACCCUGGAAAUCCGGGGUUGAAAGGCUCAAGUGGAUUCAGAGGUGACCGUGGAGGCUAUGGUUUAAGUGGAGACCCUGGUGCUCCUGGAAUAAAUAAUUAUGAUAAAGGAGUUAAAGGUAGUAAAGGAUAUCCAGGCUCACAGGGUGACUCUGGAAGCAGUGGUAUACCUGGCGAUAUUGGUAGUAUUGGAUAUGAUGGGCGAACGGGCCGACGAGGAUUUAUAGGUGAAGUGGGAGAAAAGGGAGAGUCUGGUGAUUCAGGAUCCUUCGGGCCCAGAGGAUUUCGAGGGCAGCAGGGAUCCAGAGGAAUAAUUGGAUUGAAGGGAAUAAAGGGAGAGCAGGGACUUCCAGGAGUUCAGGGUCCCCCUGGACUGCAAGCUUUUAAAGGAUCCAAAGGGAACAAUGGACUCAAGGGACAAAAGGGUGAAUCUGGAGUCUCGGGUAACAGAGGAAAUCCUGGACCAUUAGGACCCCGUGGAUUGAUGGGGUUGGAUGGCAAUGAUAUUGCUGGUCAACCAGGGUCAAAAGGAGAAAAGGGAUUACAAGGAUUUCCUGGCUAUCCUGGUGCACAGGGACUGGAUGGUGAACCCGGUACUUCUGGCGAAGACGGAUCCAAAGGAGCAAGAGGACGCAGGGGUGAUGCGGGCACUUCUGGUAAUAUAGGUAACCCAGGAGAUGCUGGAGCUUUAGGAACCAGGGGCCCUAAAGGACCAUCAGGAACUAUAUCUAUGAAAUCAUGUGAACUUAUAUCAUAUGUUCGAGAUAAUUGCCCCUGUUGUUCAUCAGGAAGAAACGAGUGUCCUGUGUAUCCCACCGAGCUGGUGUUCGCUCUGGACAUGUCAGCGGAUGUCACACAAGCUGCAUUUGACAGAAUGAAGGGCAUUGUGGUUAAUUUUCUCCAGGAUCUUAAAAUCUCUGAGAGCAAUUGCCCUAACGGGGCUCGGGUGGCUGUCCUCACGUACAGUUCUACAACAAAAACAUUUAUCCGCUUUUCAGACUUUAACCGAAAGAAAAAGCUGCUAGAAGAAAUACAAAACCUAUCUUAUGAGCGGUCAACCAACAGGCGGAAUAUUGGUGCUGCCAUGAGGUUUGUUGCACGAAAUACUUUAAAGCGCAUUCGUGGGGGCAUUCUUGUGAAGAAAAUUGCUGUCUUUCUCGCAAAUGGGCCAUCUCAAGAAACCUCAACCAUUUCUACAGCAGCUCUGGAGUUCAGCGCUUUGGACAUUACACCAGUUGUCAUUUCGUUCAAUAACAUCCCUGAAGUUCAGCGCGCUUUUGAGGUCGAUGACACAAAAACCUUUCAAGUGGUUGUUUUGCCAAGACAGCAGCAAGAGGCACGAGAGCGGUUACGCAGAAUCCAAUCGUGUACUUUCUGUACAGAUAUGUGUGAACCAAACCCACGAUGCCAGCAAGUCCUCCGCCCACCUCCGAUUCCCAUCAGCAUGGACAUAGCUUUCAUUGUUGAUGGCUCAAGCAAUGUGAGAUCUGUAGACUUCGAAAGGCUGAAGAUCUUUCUAAGCUCGAUACUCGAUGAGUUUGUGACGUCCCGAAACCCAAAGGCUUUUGAUAAUCGUGCUCGAGUUGCUCUUGUGCAACAUGUACCACGUGAUUACGUGCCUAGGUCAGGCCAACAGCCUGUUCACCUGGAAUUUGGAUUUUUUAACUUUUCAAGUAAAAGUACAAUGAAGAGGUACAUCCAGCAAUCCUUCGAUCAAUUAGACGGCUCUUCUGGUGUUGGCCAUGCUAUUGAAUGGACUUUGAACAAUGUCUUUGCAACUGCGCCAACCCCACGACGCUACAAGGUUCUAUUUCUACUAGUUGCAGGAGACACUAGUGUUUGGGACAAAGCCAAGUUAUUGGCUGCGUCACUACAAGCGCGAUGUCAAGGGUUCUCUGUCUUUAUAUUCUCUUUUGGGAUGGAUACUGUGGAGACUGACUUGGAAGAUCUUGUUAGUUUCCCUUUUGACCAUCAUCUAAUUCGACUUGGUAGACUGCUUGAGCCUGAAAUGAGAUACGCACACAGGUUUACUCGGGCCUUUUUGAAAAGUCUGACACUUGGGAUCAACGCAUAUCCACCUCAAGCUUUACGAAGAGAAUGUCAGUCAGCGAGAUUAUUCCAGGGGAUCACAAAGGUAUCAAAUGCAAUUUCUGAACAAAAAAGGGGAACUGAGGAAGAAGGGAGAGAGUUUGAAGAGGAGGAGUUUGAAGAAGAGAAAUUUGAAGAGGAAGAAUUUGAAGAGGAAAAAGAAUUUGAAGAUUCUGAAAGAGAAACAGAAAUGUCGACAGAUAAUGGUUACGGCGAAAUGGUUGACACUGAAAAGGAAAUGCAGAGUGAAGAUGUGUGUGCACUGAAUCAAGAUGAAGGGGCUUGCCAGGAUUAUGAUCUUAAAUGGUACUUUGACAAAGAGCUGCAAGUUUGCACACGAUUUUGGUACGGUGGCUGCAAAGGAAAUGGAAACAGAUUUGACACUGAAGAGGAAUGUGAAGCCUUAUGCCUUAAGUCUUACUAGUGCUCGAAUGUGACAUUUUAGAAUUGUGAGGAAACAGAUGGAGACGGCUGCUUCAGAAAGAAUUAGCAUUUGGAGGGGGAAAAAUUGCUGAUCUGCUAUUUUAUACAGUUACUUAAAACUACUGAAUAGAGUUCUAAAUGUCAAUAUGUAUUCAUUUCA